AUGCCGCAGCUGCCUCAAAUGGACACGACUGCAGGGCCAAUGCCUCCAUUCGCAAGGAGCCACGGUCCGAUGCCCAACAGACCGCCCAUGCCGCCGGCAACCAGCGGGUACUGCACGGCUUGUCCGCGAUUGGCCCUAUCCCUGGUCCGCGAAUCUCUCGACGGUCAGCCAACACGAAUGUUGUCGGGUUCUGCGCUGGCCGUCGCUGCGCAAGACAUGAAGUCGGGAGAUGCAGCCCUGAUUGGUUGGGCUGACGUCUCCAUGUGCAUGCCAAAAGCGGGCCGUCCUGGGGACGCUAAAACUCUACGCUUCGGCGCUGUUGCGAGUGCGCCAGGCCUUCCGCCAUUGCGUCCGCAGAACGUCCUCCGUGAAUGCGAUGAGCUGGCCGACCUGCCACGGAUGCCCUACAGGAAGCCUCGCAAGCCGGUGAUAAGGUCAAUUCCGCUCGAAUAUCAUGUCACGCAUACCGUCCUCCUCCCCCACCUCAAGUCAUAG